AUGUCUGCUCCGGAAUGCCUGCUGCAACAUUUAGAUGCCAUCCUCGCACUGUCUACGAAGAUACACAGCCUUCCGAAGGGAGCUUUGACCCCUGGAUUCGACCUGACACAGGAAAUACGUCAUAUUCUUGAAGGUCUUCUAAAGAAUAAUUGCCACGACACGUGUUCGAAUCGGCUCCACGUACCACUGCAAGAACUUGUGACGACGGAAAACAUCCCAGUGCACAUGCGCAGGAGACCACAAACUUUGGAGGAGGAGUUACAGCCCCUCAAGCCCCCCACGAAGUCGGACAUCGUGACGGUCGACGGGAAGGCGUAUCUUUUUGGUGAUAAGCAAGUUGUGACGGCGUAUUCGACAAAGCAGUCCCUCAUUGAGGUUUUACUCGCUGCAGUUUACUAUCCAUCCAGCCCCACGGCAAGUGCCCCGACCGUAAUGGGAAAGCACUACGUCGACGUGAGCGCGCUCUCCGGCACGCCCAAAGACGCCACCGACUGCGGCUUCCCACCAUCCGGUCACGUGAUCACCAUCGCGCCCGAUAAGAACGCGGGACUGAGUAGACCGCGCGACAACCUCACCCUGGGUCUUCGUGACGUCGGCAGAGAUAAUUACGUCAUCAAACCGUGGCACAUGUUUCGUCUGGGCGAGGGGCUGUACCCCCCGCGGAGGGAGGAAUUGGAAAAGACAUUUCUGGAUGGGGUUUCGGACGCUAGGGAGUUCCUUAAAAAGUUUCAACUGUACGACGAAGGAUACGAUAGCCACCCUUAUGGGGCGCCUAUGUAUUGAUGUUUUGAUGGGUUAUCAUAUUUAAUUCUGCAUAAAGUAUUUUUUUUUUAAAGAACUGGCUAAGAAAAAUUUAUCAUCAUAGCUUUGAAUUCAUUUCCCUCCUCACUGCCUUCCAUCUGGUUGAAAUAAAGGCAAAGUUUCCAACAAGCCAAUAGCUGUCUUUGACUUGAAUCGAACUCUGAUCUUCUGCUGCGUAUACGAAGCCUAAAUGCCUUAACCACUGGACCACGUAGACGGGUUGUGCUGAAGGUGAAAAUCGGCUUCAUCUUAUACGAUCGCCGACAGACAACAUCUCCAACUUCUCAGCAGUUUUCUUAUUCCCUCUUUCUCAUUUUAAGAACGGGAGUGUAUAGAACUAUCUCAAGAGCAUACGUUUUGAUCUUGAGAGAGAGAGAGAGGGAGAGAGAGAGAGAGAGAGCAUAAUAUAGCAUAACUUCGUUUAAUGUCAGGUGAAACAUUUGCGUUGGUGCUUGAGAAAGAGGCAGGAACCAACAAAUUUGUAUACAAAAUAAUUUCAAAAAUCAUACUUUUUACAUCUAACGUUUUCACAAUGAUACCUUUUACAUGGCGUUGCAACAUC